CGAUCAUAGAUUAGUUCCCAAAUCGGGACUAAUCUCGGGCCAUUCAUUUAUGUCCGCUCCUUGCCUCCCUCCGCGACAUAGCUGUGGUGACCGCAUGCUUGCGUCAUAGAUUCUGGGAGACUCAGGGAUGGAGUCGAGGGGUUCGAGAUGUUUUUCUUUUCUUUUGUGAACUAUGACCACGAAUAAUACGAAUACGAAUACUUCGAAGAAUGGAGGUGAGAAUGGAGGGGGAUUUUCAGAUAAGCUCAAAGGAGCUGCUCAAGUUAUCCAUGGGAUAGGCGACAAUCUUCGAGGCACGGCACUUGGCAGUGCCGAUCGUGCUACGAGCUCUGUAGCUGGCGUGCAGAAGAACGCUGAUUUGGUCACGAAGGGCCGUGCCGAAAUUGCGGAGGGUAUGGCGAGGAUGAAAGGUCAUUCGUCUGCGCCUCAAGUUGCCCCUGCUGGAACAGCCCCCCCUGGAACGGCGCCUGCUGAUCAAGGAACGACUGCGGGGACUGGUACCAGUUCCGGUACUGGCGCCGCAGUCGGCGGUGCUGCUAUCGGGGUGACAGAUCAGGGUCGACAACAGGGAACGGGUGACGAGAAAACAAGCGCACUUGCGGGAAAGAGCGGACCUGAGUCAACAGGUCCGGGUGCCGCUCAGACUGGUCGUGAGGCUGCCGUAGGCACAGGCGCAGCACACGAGCAGAAGGACCCUGGUGAGGCUGCUGCAAGUACCGGCGCAGCGCCCGAGCAGAAGGGCCCUGAUGAGGCUGCUGCAAGUACUAGCGCAGCGCCCGAGCAGAAGCAACAAUACCCUGGUGCUGCCCAGACUGGUCGUGAGGCUGCCGUAGGCACAGGCGCAGUGCACGAACAGAAGGGUCCCGGUGAGGUUGCUCCAAGCACGGGCACAGCGCCCGAGCAGAAGCAGCAAUACCCGAGUACUGUAAGUCAGCAAGAAGGAAAACGUGACGAUCGGAAUGUCCCAGAGCAUUCACAGAGCGGCGACAUCGGCCAGACUCGCGCGCAAGGGACCGCAGAGGACCGCCCUCAGCAGAUGGGUAAACGGUCGUCCCAACAGAAGGUAGAUGAACAAUGCAAAGCAGAACAAAUGGGUGUCCAGCAGGAAGGUGGGCAACAGGACAGACGGGUGGGCGCGGGGGAAGGACGGUGCGAAAGGAUUCAUUUCCAGGGUAUCUCGACGGACGAAGGAGAUGAACAGUCUCAACAAACGGCAGAAAAACCGCGUGAGCUAGGACAGGACUACCACGGUGUCCAGCAGGAAGGUGAACGACAGGGCAGAUGGGUGGGCCCCGAGGAAGCACUCCGGUGCGAACGGGUUCAUUUCCAGGGUAUCUCGACGGACGAAGGAGAUGAACACCCGUCUCAACAAGCGGCAGAAAAAUCGCGUGAGCCAGGACAGAUUGGCCACGGUGCCCAGCAAGAAGAUGGACAACAAGGCAGUUAAGCGUGUGAUGCGCAAGAGGGAGGAAAUAUACGUUUCCAGGAUUUCCAGGGUUGCGGUAUCCGAUUCUCGCAGGAAUGCAAGUGAGGCAAAUCAGCGGCUUCCGAGGUUGGUUCUGACUGGACGGUAAUCAUUAGUAGGAGAAAAUCUAGGUACCGGAAUGUAAAAAUGAUUCUUAUCAGUAGUCUGUUAAAUAGGCUGUUCUUUCUGCAGAGUGCGGC